AACAGGAAAAAUAUUUUAUAUAGUAACGCGUUUGACAUGGCUACCGGGGCGGAUCAUGCAGUCGGAUUAGGCCUGGUUGGUUUCAGUCUAUUGCUGUUUACGUAUUACACUAUUUGGGUUAUAGUGUUGCCCUUUGUAGACAGCGAUCAUGUCGUCCACAGUUAUUUUCUUCCUCGGGAGUACUCAGUCAUACUUCCUGGAAUAGCAGCAUUAAUUCUCCUACUCUGUGUUGGCACUUUCAUAGGAAUAGUAACUUGGAAGAAUCGGAAAUCAAAGAAAGUCAACUGAAACUCUCCAGCCACAGCUCAUUAACCAGCUGAAUAAAGUACAUAACGUGAACUCAGCCUUCCAGCUAUGCCUACCAGCUUCUCGACUUCAGCUUCACGCCUAGCUUGGUCUUCUGAAGCUAGCGGACCUCUCCUAUAGUUGCCACCCUGUCGACUGCUUAGGGCCACUUAGAAAGUUGAUGACUUCACUAAUGACUUUGUAAAGGAACCAUUACAACACUGAAUCUUAGGGAAAAAAACCCAAUGGCAUACCGUAUCGGUGAAAACCGAUCGCGACCUUGGCCUAGGCACGAAAUAUUUAGUUAGUGUUUUAUGCAAAACAACAACAACAACAACCUUGAACCACUACCGAGGAAAUAAAAUAUCUUGUCAACACAAGUGCUGUCUUAGCCGCAGCGGGAUACGUUUUGUCAGACUAGCUUACGUUCAAUAACCAUUCAAAUCACUUGUUGGUAUGCAUUUGUGCUGCUGUUGUCUUAGAAUGUAAAUAGAUUUCAGUACAUGCAGGUAAAUUGUCAGGACGCAUGACAAGAAAUAGACGGAAUUCAAAUUUAAAUUGUUUUAUAUGCUUCACUGUAUGAUAAUUAAAAAAAUGAUAAACACACACAA